AUGGCACCCCGGAUACAGCCCCGGCGUGUGUCCAACGCCCUCCUCCCCUACAUCACAUCCUCACAAUCCUCCUCCACAUCUUCUGUCACAUCCACAUCUCUACCCUCACAUAUCAUGUCACGUCAAUUCUCUGUAACACCGGCCCCACAAACCAAGCUUCGGCGGCAAAUGUUCCAAUGGCUCUCUACCGAAGGAGCCGCGCUGAAGCAUCACAUUCCCGGCGAAACAAAUUACAUUUCAGGUCGAUCAGAUCGUGAUGGUGACUUCAAUGACACUCCACGGCCUUUUCCCGGUAACCGAAGCUUCAUCAGCGAAAGUAUACUCAGCGAGGAGCUUCGAAAUGAAAUUUAUGUUCGUGUCGUGGAGAAGAAGAAGAGCGUUCGCGCCGUCAGUGUUGAACUCGGUGUUGAUAUGAAGCGUAUCGCGGCCGUCGUUCGACUCGUGGAACUGGAGAGAAGACAACGUGCACAGGGUAAACCAUUAGCUUUGCCAUAUGCUCGUGCUGUACACGAAAUGAUCCCCACCACACCACUUGCUCAAGAAGGCGAGCGCCCGACUUAUCACGAAUCUAUUAAUGACCUUCCUGCGCACCCUUCCACUGGUGCACAGAUUUUCUAUCCUGUGCCUGAGUCACGUUCGUUCAAUCGAGUGGAUGCCGGCCGUGUAUUCUCCGGAGCCCCGGCACUGGAGAGGGAUGUCGCCGCAAAGAUUUCUCACCCCUCCGACCUGACCGAUGAAAUUGUGCAGAACCCCAAUUCUGUUGAGUGGGUCGGCAAGGGCGAAAAUGCCCGACAGGUCUUGCAGCCUGCGGACGUGCGCAUCCCACACCCGCAGCUGGUCCAGCUGGAAAUGGACCGCAAAGCCUACCCUAAUGAGCGUCGCACCGUGACACAGCGACACAGUGAGCGUCUUCAAAAACAGGAAGAAGCUGAACGAAAGCGGCGCGAGGUGGCCCAGGCCCGCCGUGAGAAGAGCGUUCAACAUGUCGAGCCCGAGAACGGCAGGUUCAACUAUCGCAUCCAGGAUGCCAAGUUCACCAAGGAGACUGUUGGCGCGGACGGCCGCGCUCCCUGGGCCCCUGGCCGUCGGUAUGGUAUCCCUGCCGACGACCGAAAGCGUGGCAUGGUCAAGAUACCCACUCGUGUGGAGGCUUAA